GUCAGUUUCGAUUGUCAUCCGGCGGUGUAUGGAAAGAAAUCAAAGUCGUUAUUAGAUAUUCAAGUGAUUGAAAAUUGUGCGUACUGUUGAAAUAAAAAUCAAGAUUUGUGAUUUAUUGUUCCGAAUUCAAUCGAAUGAAUGUUUCGCAAUCGACCGUUCGCCAGAAAAUGCAAGAUACAUUGAGCAGCGGUUUGUUUCGACAUAUGUAAUGGUGUUUGUGCAAGUUCGAGGAAAUUUAGCAGAUCCUCCACUGGAAGCUCAUUCGCGACGAGACGUACCAUAUUCGACAAACGAAGGCAUAUUUACGAUAUUAUUCUAUCUGUGCUGAGAUAAUGUAACGAUCGCUCUGCUUCUGAUACCUUCUGACGAUGAAUUACUUCGAUGUCGAGGAAGAUGGAAGCGAUGAACACGACAAAGUACGAAACAAAUGAUCUAUCGGUAAUAAGUAUUGCAGCGCCCAACCAUUAAUUGGAAUAAAAUAUCAAGAGGCAGCGUCGGACUAACCUGAUGUGAAACCGGGCACAAUUGUUUCUACCGAAUAUAACGUGAUAAACUCUAAAAUAACCCGAUCCGCACAACAACCACAACCACUAGUACUGUCGGAAUUUGGUUUGCAUGUGCUCUGUUGGGAAGACGGAUGCAAUGUUAAACAAAGCACAUAAUUUGAUCGUAGGGAUAGUCUUACUGGUGCUUGUCGACGUUAUAUGGGUUUCUUCGAGCGAAUUGACUAAAUUUUUAUACGAAAAUGAGAACUAUGACAAGCCAUUUUUCUGCACCUACUUCAAGGCAUCAAUGUUUACAAUUUAUUUGGUUUUCUUGGGGCUUAUUGCGCCAUGGAAAGAAACCUGCGUUAAGAAUGGAAAUUAUGCGUUAAUGGAGAAUGCCGAGGACGACGAUAAUUAUUUCGUGAAUGGGAAUUCUAGUCUGAGUGAUUCCUCAUUUAUUCCAAUCAAAGCAGAUGCUCAGGUAUCGGCCACCGAGAGCGAUGACUCCAGCAUACGAAGUGUGCGAUUCAGCAAGGUUGCCGAGGUCCGUGAAAUGUCUCCUCAUGAGGCGACUGAGGCGCUAAUGUCACGUCUGUCGUACGCUGCCAGCUUGCGAGUGAGGCGCCAGAAAUCUCACCAUAAAACUGCGCGUACUGCGCUCAUGUUUUCGAUUUUGUGGUUCAUCGCAAACUACAUGUUUCAGCUAGCAUUAGAUCCAAGUGAAACGGCAAUGGUUACAUUGCUGAGCUCAACAUCGAGUUUUUUCACGUUGGUUUUGGCCGCAAUGUUUCCAUCGUCAUGUGGUGAUAAACUUACUUUUUCGAAAAUCUUCGCAGUACUCCUGAGUAUUUCUGGCGCCAUUAUGGUUUCACUGUCGGAGAUAAGCGAACCCAAAAUGACACGUGGGAUUGUAUUAGCCAUAAUGAGCGCCUUUUUCUACGCUUCGUAUUUGGUGCUAGUCAAACGUAAAAGUGAUACCGAGGAGAAGAUUAACAUUCCGAUGUUUUUCGGUUUUGUUGGCAUGUGGAAUCUGCUCCUGCUGUGGCCGCUACUGUUCGUACUUAACUUCUCCCAGCUGGAGGUGUUCGAGCUGCCCUCGCGCAAACAAUUCCUUGUGCUGUUAUUGAACGGAUUGGUAGGCACGGUUUUGUCGGAGGCCCUGUGGCUCUGGGGCUGUUUUCUUACCUCAUCGCUUAUCGGAACAGUUGCAAUAUCGCUGCAGAUCCCACUGGCCAUGCUUUUUGACAUGGUUCUUCACGGUAAGACGUUUCCGUUGUUGUUUUAUUUCGGUUCCCUACCGAUGUUCCUUUCGUUGAUUUUUGUUGCGUUCCUGGUAAAAUUUGAUGACUGUGAUCCGUUGCUGAAGUUCUUCAAGAUGAUUUAUCGACGGAUUUGGCACUGUCGAAAGCCGAACAUUGUUCGGAUUCCGGAUUUGGAAGAGCAGCACGAGUCGCUGAUCGACGAUAGUCACGAGAAUUAGGUAUAAGGAAUAAAUCUACCAGGGCAACAUUUUUCGCAGAGAGGAUAAACGGCAAUUUUAUGUAUUAACUUUUAUAUUUUAAUACGUUCGUUAUGUUAUAUGUGUGUUGCGAAUUGAAACACAAGGAAUUGCAUGUCAGUUAGAAGCCGUUCACAAGAGUGUCUACGGCAAUGACCGAUGUUGUAUUAGAGCUAUUGAUUUUUCAUUUAUUUCAUUCCCCUUUCACACUUCUUUGGAGUAAGAACAGUAACAAUGGAUCGAACAAUUUUUAUGCUACCGGGGGACCGACAAUGAAUUUCUGUAUGGUCCGCGUCGGUUCCUGUGGCAAGCAAAGACCUUUCCUAAAAAUCGCGUUUUCAUUUUCAUUAUUUUUUUCAUUUUCAUAUUCAGAUCGAAGGACUAAAUUGUUUUAAAGUUUUAGUUGUGAAAUCAAUAGCUUAUGUUGCAAUCAACUUAUGUUGUAAAAUUAAUGUUCAAGCUGUAAAUAGAGGUGUGAGCUCAAAGAAGAAGGCAUUCGAACAUAUAUUUUAAUUUUUAAUAAAUGGGUGAAUUUUGGUGUAAAAAAAGAGAAAUAAUUGUGUGAUUUUUGAACAAGUGAAACUGUUUUCAUACAAGGCACCUUAGGCAUUGAAUGUAUAUUUUUGUAUAAAACCAAUGUUUAUUCUACGCUAAGUUAAGACCACUGAGAAUCGUAUGUCUAUAAUCAAUGUAUUCUCUUCUCGUUUCUGCAACUAUAAUUUCCAUUCGAGCUCACUGAUUGAAUCAAGCGCUUGUCCUCUCGAAGUAGUCAAUACUUACUGUGUAUGUUUACCUCUUGAACAUAAUUCUAGCAUUUACACUAAAACCCGUUUCCACUGUCAGUAUAUAUAUUGUAGUUAACCAACCAAGUUUGAAGUAGCACUUGAACACAACGGACACAAUUACAUUCCUAUUUAGGUAAGGUUCUGAGAAUAAAGUAAACGUCUAAUUUGUGAUAACGUAGUUACGAUAUACAGUGAACAGAACAUCCACUUUAUAGCGUUUAGAAAGUUUAAUAAACUGUUUUACCCGUGCUAGCAAGAGUUAUCUUACACUCAGCAUAAAUUAUAAGAGAACAAUGUAGAAAUCACCCGAAGUGUGUCUCUCACUACAAAAGACUAAUGAUUUUCGAACAAUAUCAGAAAAUACAAACUUACAUGGAACUUAUAGAAAACAAAAUCUCGUUGACA